ACCAAACCUUGUACGCAAGUAUGAUAUUAAUCAAUUGAAUUCGUCUACAGUCGUACUAGUUUCGUUGCUUUUCCCCCUACGCGACUCUCACAAUUUCUUCUCUUUCGUUUCUGAACUUUCUUCCCCUACGUGAUUCAGUCUCUGCAUUUCAUUCGCUUUCGUUAAUUUCUUGCCUCGCUAAACCCUGCCACGAUGAUGCACAUGACCUUCUACUGGGGCAAAAAUGUGACCAUCCUGUUUGAUUCCUGGAACACCGACUCCUGGGCCAGCUACUCCCUCACCCUCCUCCUCUGCUUCCUCGUCUCCGUCGUCUACCAGUCCAUGGAAGACCGCCGCCUCCGCUUGAAGCUCUUCGCCGCUGGAAAGAAGCCCUUGGUCGUGUCAUCGCAGAACAUGCACACUGCUCUCCUCAACCCCGGGUUCGUCGCCAGCAGCCGGUGGAGGAAAUCCGCUAAGUUCUUGGUGGCCGUGAUGUUUGGGAUCAAUUCCGCGGUAGGGUACAUGUUGAUGCUGGCUGUCAUGUCGUUCAAUGGAGGUGUUUUCAUUGCCGUCGUGUUGGGUCUCUCCGUUGGAUACUUGGUCUUCAGGAGCGACGAUGAGGAGCUAUCUGUGGUCGAGAACCCAUGUGCAUAAUCUUGUUGAUGACAUCUCCAAUCUCUCUCUCUCUCUCUCUCUCUCGCUUAUUCAGAAUGUUUAGUAGUUAGAUCUUUCAUAUGGGUCAUGAAGUUCUUGAGUUUUGUUAUUGUUUCGAUGUUAUUAUCUGUACGUGGAUAAUCGUCUAGGCUGUGUGAUUUAAUUCUUCACCCUAGUUGUAUAUGAGAAACUGUGAUUUGCUUCGUUCAUGCCGGAGAUUCUUCUUCACAGCGUCGAUUUGCAGAAGGCAGUUGAAGGGAGAGAAGAAAGGGGGAAGGGAGAGGGGCUAAAUUGUUUCGAUGUUAUUAUCUGUAUGUGGAUAAUCGUCGAUUUGCAAGUCUACUCGAUCGAUCUACUCCUCUCUAAUAAGUCAUCACGUCUGGUCUGACCACGCGAGAAGAGGAGACUCUCUGGUUAACUUCUAAAACAGAGUUUCAAUCGUCUACAGUUCUACUCGUGAAGGCCAAUCUUGAUACAUGUCAACACUGUACAUGUAAGGUCCACAUGGCAUGAUGACGUGGCACUUUGUGAUUGGGGCAGUGAUUCUCUGGUAUUUCGUUCAUAUGGAGAGGUGGUUGGAAGUUGAAAUUUCUUGGUUGCUCCAACCCCAUCUAAAGCCUGGCAAAAAGUGGACCCCAUAAUGUGGACGCAAGGACUGGAUUGCUCUACCCUCUCAAUGGAUGCAAACAAAUGGGAGAAGAAGGGAAGAAAGUUCGAGAUUUGGCGUCUUGGUAAGUGAUUCAUCCAUGAAUUAAACGAUGUGAGCACCAGUUGGUCCCAUACACGCAAAGACAAAUCUGCCCUUGGAGUACA